AUGGCCGACUCAAUCACGGAGAAGGAGAAGAUUGCAUUUCCGUCGACUCCCGUGGAUGACGGUCUCGGAAAGUCAACGCAGGAAGUCACCCUCACAAAAGAUGGCUUCAGCGUGCACCCUCAGCCCGUCCCUGGCGACGCCAUGGACCCCCUUAACUGGUCGUCGUUCCAGAAGCACACGAUUCUGGCCAUCGUCAUGGCAUUGUACUUCAUGUUCACCUACAUCACGACGACGACGGUUCCCUCCUUUCCCGAGCUCCAGGACCAGUACUCCCUCACCCUCGAGAUGGUGAACUGGACCGUGGCCAUCCCGGCUCUUGGCCUCGCCAUCGGUCCACUCCUCUGGUCCUCGCUGGCCGACAUCAUCGGCCGCCGCACCAUCUUCAUCGCCGGAACCAUAGUGGCCUUCGCCGCCACCAUCGGCGCCGCCAAGGCCCCCUCGUACGGCGGGUACAUGGCCGCCCGUUUCUUCCAGGGCCUGGGCGUGAGCCCCGCCGCCACCGUCGGCCUGGCCAUCAUCAACGACAUGUUCUUCGAGCACGAGCGCGGGCAGAAGGUCGGCCUCUGGGUGCUGGCCAUCGACCUCGGCCUGCUCACGGGCCCGCUGAUCGGGGGGUUCGUGGACCUGGUCGACCACUACUGGAUCCAGUGGCUGACGGCCAUCUUCUUCGCCGUCAUCCUGGCGGCCGAGCUGGCCUUCCUGCCCGAGACGCUGUACCCGCGGGACUACAUGCUGUCCAGGACGAGCGGCGUCGGUGCCGUCCCCGCCACGGGGGGCGUCGUUGACGAGAAGACCUUCGCCACGGGCACGGCGACGCCGGACUCCCUGGCGGUUUUGAGGACCAAGAAGUUGGCCUUCUUGAACGUGAAGCCCGUGCCCUCGGUAAAACACCCGAAGGCCUGGGCUUCGAUCGUCCGGUUCGGGAAGCUGUUCAAGUACCCCGUCGUCCCCAUCGCGACAGGGGUCUACUGCUUCGGAUGGUACUGGUGGGUGUUGUCCGUCAUCACCAUGAUCCCCGUCGCAUACGCGGAUUACUCGCCGCAGACGCAGGGUCGGCGUAAGGGGAACAUUUCUAACGAAGGGAGCGACAAAAGCCUCUUCUUUAUCGGCCUGAUCGUAGGCACGCUGGUUUCGGAAAUCUUCUUCUCCGGCAAGCUGAGCGAUUGGCUGGUGGUCGAGCUCGCGAAGCGCAACGGUGGUAUCAAGACGGCCGAGAUGCGUCUGUGGCUAGCGUAUCCCGCAGCCGUCUUGACGUCCGUCGGCCUUAUUAUCUGGGGCGUCAGCAUCGACAACGCGUACCACUGGAUGGUCGGUCAGGUUGCUUUCGCGUUGUUCGGUGCCGGUAUCCAGAUGGGCAACACCGUCAUCUGUUCCUACAUCGUCGAUGCCUACCCUCUCCAGAGCAUGGCCGUCAUCACCUUCUACGCCGUGCUGCUCAACCUCAGCGCCUUCAUCGACCCCUUCUUCAUCGCGCCCUGGGUCACGAAUGUGGGCUACACGUGGACGUUUGCGGGGCAUGGCAUCAUCACCAUCUUCUUCUGCAUUCCGGCUUUGGCACUUCUGCAUCUCUACGGCGGGAAGAUGAGGCAAAAGGCUGGUGAGCCUGAGUGGGUGAAUCCGGAGUACGAUCACGAUAUCAUGAGGGAGUCUUGA